AUGCUGCUUCUGCUUCCCCCCUGGACGAGUCACGCCUGUUUGGCGGUUAAACUAAGGCGGAAAAAGAAGGACUUCCUGGACGAGUGGUACACCAUUAACAGGCUGAUCGAUGACGACAUGCCUGCCCACCCCGCCGAAGUGGUGACAGUGAAGAGCCUCGUCGAGGCUUUCCAAGCAGACAACAUGACCAAGGUGAACGCAGAAUACAUCAUCAGCCAUGUGCGUGAGUACCAGACUAGCAAGACCUCGGAGGUGGAAGUGUCUUUGCUGGAUGCGCUCCGUUUGGUGGCGAGAACGCGAACUUCGAGCCUCCGCUCCAUCCAGGUCACCGAGAGUCUGCUGAGCAUGCUAAAGGCAGAAAGCCAGAAGCCGCAAGAAAUGCGCUUUCGCUGCAUCAUGGCGGGCUUUGACCCUGACGCCCCCGGCGAGAUGCAGGAGUUCUUGCGUGUGCAAGCGCUGCAAGCGCUCGAAGAUGACAAUCCACUGCCUGGCCAAGUACAGCCCGUGGUGCAGACCACCGCCGCCAACAUCCAACAUCACUCGGAGAGCAAAGCGACGGUGAACAGCCACAGCAUCGAUGGCACCAAGGAGGAGCCUGUUGAAGUUGUGGAUCGAAGCGAGCAGCAGGCGAAGGAGCAGCAGCUCCUCGCGACUCUCGACCGCUUGGCAGGGAUAGCCCAGGAGUCGCAGGCGGAGGAUCGCUCGACGGUCUCGCAGACGCUCAAAGAAAUGCAGUCCUAUCAGGAGCAGUCGGCCAACUUUAACAAGGAUCAGCAGGCAGUUCGCAAAGACCUGAAUGCACACUGCAACAAAGCCCAGGAAGGCGCCAGUCAAUUGGCCGAUCGAUUCCAGUCAACGGACCUCCACACCCUCCAGGACCUGCCCGAAAGGAUCAACCGUCUUGCUCAGCUGGCCAGGGCCUCCCGCAAGGCGGUGGAGAGUGGCAAGCCCGGCUUCGGGUCUGAUCCUCUGAAGCGCCUGGAGAUGAGCAUCACCAUGCUGGCCGACCGAUGUAGGAAGUACACGGAGGAAGUGGAGGCCCAGAAUGAUCUUAAAGCGAUGCUACGCCGCGUGACCGAGAAUCUGGAAGAGCAGCAGCGAGCUGCAGAAGGCGAUCGACCAGAGCCCCGAAGCCGCAAGCCCCGCCUGCGGCUGUAG